GUCUUGUGGCUGCGAGCUUUUCCCGGAGACCGAUCCAGUAUAUCGGAUUCAUUAUUGGAGUUCCAGUAUUUCAAGACGAAGGACAGAAGGAGUGAGUGACCCAGUGGGCUGGUUGGUGUGAGGGGGCGAGCAGCAGCCAUGGGUGAAAUUGAGGGUUCCUACAGGGCCAUACAGACCCCUGGCACCCGGCUGGGGGCCCAGUUCAAUGCUGGGAUCAGUACCUUGGAGCCGGGCCAGAGCCUCAGUGAUGCUUUGGGCCCCGGGGGUAGGAGCCCAGGCAGAGGACUACAGCUCAGGGUCCAGAGCCUGGACGACUCCCAGGAGUUUUACGACUUGGAGGUUUGGUUGGAACCCACAAAGCUCGUAGUGAAACAAGUGAAGAGACCCAUGAACACCCUCUUCAGGCUGUCAGUGAAGUUCUUUCCCCCUGACCCUGGUCAGCUGCAGGAAGAGUACACUAGGUACCUGUUUUCCCUGCAGAUGAAGCGAGACCUGCUAGAGGGCAAGUUGAGCUGUACAGAGAACACAGCCUCCCUGCUGGCCUCACAYCUCCUUCAAUCGGAGAUAGGGGACUAUGACGACGUGGCRGACAGGGACUUCCUGAAGCUGAACAAGCUGCUGCCCAAUCAGGAGAGGAUACAGGAGAGGAUCAUGGAACUGCACCACAGACACCUCGGGCAGACUCCAGCCGACUCAGACUUUCAGGUUCUGGAGAUAGCCCGUAAACUGGAGAUGUACGGUGUCCGCUUCCACCCAGCAGCCGACCGCGAGGGAACGAAGAUCAACCUGGCCGUGGCUCACAUAGGCCUGCAGGUCUUCCAGGGUAACACCAAAAUAAACACCUUCAAUUGGUCCAAGAUCCGAAAACUGAGCUUCAAGAGGAAACGCUUCCUGAUCAAGCUAUACCCAGAGGUUCACGGGCCUCAUCAGGAUACCCUGGAGUUCCAGAUGGUCAGUCGGGACCAGUGUAAGAUCUUCUGGAAGAACUGUGUGGAACAUCACUCGUUCUUCCGACUCUUGGAUCAGCCGCAGCCCAAGUCCAAAGCCAUUCUCUUUAGCAGGGGAUCGUCGUUCAGAUACAGUGGGAGGACCCAGAAGCAACUAGUGGAAUAUGUCAAGGACAGCGGAUCAAGGAGGACACCAUAUCAGAGGAGGAACAGUAAGGUGAGAAUGUCAGCUCGCUCUCUGGCCCCCGAUGUGCCAAAACAGACGUUGUCGUUCAAUGACAGCCUGCGGGCGCCAGGUUCCCCGUCCUCUGCGUCUGGGUCCUUCUACUCCAUACAAGUCUCCAGCUCCCCCCCACGUCCGGAGCCCCAGGCCCAGUCUCCACAGCCUCCUCACCAGCAGCAACAGAUCCAGUCUCCACAGCUUCCUCCCCAGCAGCAACAGACCCAGCUCCUGCCCCCACAGCUGGCCAGGCCCUCCAGCCCCCCAGCGAAGGAGGAUCUCCACAAGGCCACCGGCAUCCCCCCAUGUCACCACGCCUUCUCACAAGGUGCCCCAAGUUACCCGGCGGCAGGAGACUGCAACCCCUCGUCUGUGUGUGUAGAGAGUAGAGCUUCCCAUCCGCAGCAGCAGCCCUCCCAAAAUGGCAAUGAGGAUAGUGAGCAGGGGUCCUCUAUGGACAGCCCCCAGCUCUCCCCGUUCAACUCCAAGAGCUCUCCCCUCUGCCUGUCCCCCUCCUUCCAGAUGUCUACGCUGAGUCUCCCGGGGGCGGGCCAGGCCCCCUCGCCCCUACAGAGCCCCAUCCURAGUGAGGUGGGCACCAACAGGCUAGAGGAGGAGGAGGAGGAGGGCAGGAGGAAGCGAUAUCCCACUGACAAGGCCUACUUCAUUGCCAAAGAGAUUCUAACCACAGAGAGGACCUACCUGAAAGACCUGGAGGUUAUCACAGUGUGGUUCCGCAGUGCUGUGAUCAAAGAGAACGCCAUGCCAGAGGGUCUGAUGGCCCUGCUGUUCUCCAACAUCGACCCCAUUUACGAGUUCCACCGGGGAUUCCUCAAGGAGAUCGACCAGAGACUAGCUUUAUGGGAGGGGCGCUCUAACGCUCAUGUGAAGGGAGACUUCCAGAGGAUUGGAGACGUCAUGCUGAGGAACAUGUGUGCUCUCAAGGUGUUUACCAGCUACCUGCAGAAACACGACGAGGUGCUGACCGAGCUGGAGAAGGCCACCAAGCGCCUGAAGAAGCUGGAGACGGUGUAUAAGGAGUUUGAGCUUCAGAAGGUGUGUUACCUGCCUCUCAACACGUUCCUGCUGAAGCCCAUCCAGCGCCUCAUGCACUACAAACUGAUCCUAGAGAGACUGUGUAAACACUACAGCCCAGACCACCUCGACCACAACAACUGCAGAGAGGCCCUGAAGGAGGUGGCAGAGAUGGCCACUCAGCUCCAGAGUAGUUUGAUCCGCCUGGAGAACUUCCAGAAGCUGUCUGAGCUCCAGAGAGACCUGAUCGGCAUCGAGAACCUCACUGCGCCCGGCAGGGAGUUCAUUCGAGAGGGUUGUCUGUACAAGCUGACCAAAAAAGGCCUGCAGCAAAGGAUGUUUUUCCUGUUCUCCGACCAGCUCCUGUACACGAGUAAAGGUGUGACGGCCACAAACCAGUUCAAGGUCCACGGCCAGCUGCCUCUGCACGGCAUGAUCGUGAAAGAGAGUGAGAAUGAGUGGUCUGUCCCUCAUGCUCACCAUCUACUCUGCCCAGAGGACCAUUGUGGUGGCAGCCAGCUCGAAGGUGGAGAUGGGAAAUGGAUAGAGGAUCUCAACAUGGCAAUAGAGAUGGCCAAGAAAUGUCAGGAGAAAUCAGACCUGUUCCUGGACCCAGGGCUGUGUGAUCGCUCCAACAUGUUCUGUUCCCCAGCCGUGUCUCCAGAGCUCCCUCCUCGUUACCUGCUGGGUCAGGGCCAGAGACCCAACACCAUCACACACGUCUGCUGGUACCGCAACCAGAACCUCUCACUCACUGAUUAUCUGCGCAUGAACCAGAACCAGCUCUCAGGUUACCUCCUACGGAAAUUCAAGAAUAGCAAUGGCUGGCAGAAGCUCUGGGUGGUCUUCACCAACUUC